UCGAAUUAGUUAUACAGUUUUGGUAACUUCAGCUUCAUAAUGGAGAUGCCCAAUGAGCAGAUUUUGAAUGCCUUUCUACAAAUGCGAGAAGGACAAUUUCCGGAAAACAGAAAUGAAGUACUGCAACAGUUCCGCGAAAUUCGAAGCCGUAGACUGUUGAUUGGUGCCGGCGAUGGAUUCCACAAUAAUAUACUUGCAUGGAAUGAGAAUGUACCCCCAUUUAUUAUAUUGCAAGUUCGGGAGCCCUCGAGACUGUGGCACUUUAUGCCGAUACUGAUCAUUAUAUCGAAUCUCGUCUUCAAAUAUGCAUCAAACUCCUUCAGGAUCGAUGUAGAUACUUCGUUUCUAUUGGGCAUAUCGUACAGUACGCACUUCAGUCUCAUGCAAUGCCUUUUCUUAUUUGCCUGCUUCUUACUCAAGAUUUUCAAAACUUAAUACUACAUAAAAUAUAUUUACAAAAUGUAUUAAUUAAGUAGUCAUAAUUAAGUAGUAUCGUAAGAACUAGUUUUGAAAUAUGACUUAAUAAGA